UUUUGGUUACAGUUUUUUAUCCUUACAGAGAAGCAUAUCAAUUAACAGGCCAAAUGACACGGUGGUUAGUCACUGAAGGGAAAGUUUAGCCUCAUUAACUUAGAGCACCCUUCCAGCUCACACCUACAAUUGCCACCCUGCAGACUGAUGACUAACCCUUCCAGGCAACCCCGUGAGGUUUGGACGCCCACCUCUUUGACUUAGGCCCCGGCGACACCCUUUAAAUAACCGCUGAUGCCCCCAAGCCCACUCACAUCGACGUCAGGAAGCAGUUCCUGAAUAAGGCGAGGUGCGGAGGUGGGGGAUCCCUUCCCAGCCCCACCUGAAAGUUGCUGGGAGUGACACCCAAACAACUUUCCCAGACCGAUCUCUGUGGCUGCUCAGGGAAGUCAGCUCCGUCGCUCGGCUUCUAGGUCCGGAGCCAAUCGGCCCUUCCUGCCAAGCCCCUCCCUUCCUUGCACCUUUAAUGGCUGGGAAAGGGGAGGGUCGGCCGGGAUUUUCUUCUUAAGGAGUCGCACCGGUUUUUCGAGCUCCCGCUCUGCACCUGGAGAGCCACGGCAGUAGGACCGGGCGCUGCCGCCACCGGGCUGGCGAGCUAUCAUCCUCGCCCCACUCUUCACUCUUCGCACAAAGGAUCUGCUCUGAGACUGGGGGUGUGGACCGCUGCAAGGACCAAGGUGGGACUCGCCCGGCACCUUCUGCAAACAGUGGGAGAGUAACAUCUUUUGGGAGAAGGAAAUUGACUUGCUUUCCUGAAAGGGGUGACCAUACUGCAGGUACCUGCGUGAGAAGACCAGUAAUCACUGGCUACCUUCUUCUACGUUUUGUGCUAGGAAACAGAAUCAGUUGAAGAGUCCAUGUUGAUCUUGGAAACAGAAGGAUUAAAAUACGUUUCUGCAAAAAAACUUGACCAUCUCCUUUUUGAUCUGAAGAUUGGGAGACAAUGGAUAUCAUAGAGACAGCAAAACUUGAAGAACAUUUGGAAAUUCAAACCAACGAUCCUACAAACACUUACACAAGACCUGCCGAACCUGUUGAAGAAGAAAACAAAAAUGGCAACGGUAAACCUAAGAGCUUGCCCAAUGGGUUGCGAAAGGGCGCCAAAAAGUACCCUGACUAUAUCCAAAUUGCUAUGCCCACUGAAUCGAGGAACAAAUUUCCCCUGGAGUGGUGGAAAACAGGCAUUGCCUUCGUGUAUGCUCUUUUCAACCUCGUCUUGACAACCGUCAUGAUCACAGUUGUACAUGAGAGGGUCCCUCCCAAGGAGCUCAGCCCUCCACUCCCAGACAAGUUUUUUGAUUACAUUGAUCGGGUGAAAUGGGCAUUUUCUGUAUCAGAAAUAAAUGGGAUUAUAUUAGUUGGAUUGUGGAUCACCCAGUGGCUGUUUCUGAGAUACAAGUCAAUAGUGGGGCGCAGAUUCUUUUUUAUCAUUGGAACUUUAUACCUGUAUCGCUGUAUCACAAUGUACGUCACUACGCUACCUGUGCCUGGAAUGCAUUUCCAGUGUGCUCCAAAGCUCAAUGGAGACUCUCAGGCAAAAAUACAGCGGAUUUUGCGGUUGAUUUCCGGUGGUGGGCUGUCCAUAACUGGAUCGCAUAUCUUAUGUGGAGACUUUCUCUUCAGCGGUCACACAGUUGUGCUGACGCUUACUUAUUUGUUCAUCAAAGAAUAUUCGCCCCGUCACUUCUGGUGGUAUCAUUUAAUCUGCUGGCUGCUGAGUGCUGCUGGGAUCAUCUGCAUUCUUGUAGCACAUGAACACUAUACCGUCGAUGUGAUCGUCGCUUAUUACAUCACAACACGGCUGUUUUGGUGGUACCAUUCCAUGGCCAAUGAAAAGAACUUGAAGGUCUCUUCACAGACUAAUUUUUUGUCUCGAGCAUGGUGGUUCCCCAUCUUUUAUUUUUUUGAGAAAAACGUGCAAGGCGCAAUUCCCUGCUGCUUCUCCUGGCCACUCUCCUGGCCUCCUGGCUGCUUUAAAUCAUCAUGUAAAAAGUAUUCUCGGGUUCAGAAGAUAGGUGAAGAUAAUGAGAAAUCGACCUGAGGAGCAGAACAGAGACAUCAGCUUUUAUACCAAAAGAGGUAUCACUGUAACCAAAGGUAUAGUUUUGUUUUGUUUUGUUUUUAAUUUUAGAGGAACUGACUGGUAAAUGAAGAAGUGGACCAAAUUUUGUGUAAAUGAUUAGAAAGAUGAACAAAGUAUUACCCUUUGACUGGUUUUUAUUCGUCCUAAGUUACAUUCUCCAAUGGCUCUUCAUUCAUUGGUGACAUGCCCUCAACCCGGGAUUUUACUAAUGAGCUUGUUAAAGAGGUGCCAAAGAACAUACUACUCCUUUCCUUAGUUUUUUUUCCACUAAAGCUCUCUACUUCAGAAUUUUUUCAGGGGUGGUUAUUUUGUUUUCUUCCAAGGUCAGAAGAAUUUGUUGAUGUUUUAAAUAAACUAUCUGGACAGAUACA